UUAAGGUGUGUUUCGUUGCGAUCGUGGCAAAAAGUUACGUGCUCAAGAUUCCUGCUGUUUAUUGUGGCCAGACGAUAAUCCCGGUAGAACCAUGUUUGUCAAGCCGUUCCGCGUAAAGAGUAACAUCCUGGUAACGGGAUCGGAACGGAAACGACUGAAGCAACGAGUCCAAACUCAGUUUGGUUUGGGAGAGUCAUCGGCUCUAUCCGAACUCUUCGGUAACAAAUGCAAGGUGUGCAUGGUAAAAAUAACCACCCACAGCGAAACUCAGCUAACGGUUAUCACCAGCGAGAAACGACCGAUAUUUUUCGAUUUGGAUGGUCGCCUGAUUCCCACGGUCUACACACUUUGGGUUUGCGUAGAUAUGGUGCCACAUUUUACUACUCAUCCAGCAGUACUUCCAAAGCUAGCAAACGGCGCCGAUCUGAUGAUACCGGGCGUUGUUAGACGUGGAAGCGAUAUAAAAUCCUGGGGAAAUUAUCGCAAGGACGAUAUCAUUGCGGUAAAUUUAACAUCCAAUAAGGCGGCCAUAGGUGUGGGUCUGUUGGCGCACUCAAGCGACGAUUUGUACAUGUGCGGUGGCCAUGGGGUAGCAGUCCGAAUGUUGCAUGUUUUUGGUGAUAAGCUCUGGGGAAUGGAGCCAUCUGUUUGUCAACAGGUUCCCCUGUUGGGAGAAUUGCAGUCGGUACCGAAAACUGAAGAUUUUCCUCCUUUGGGAGCACCUGAAACUCAGCCAGAAGUAACAAAUGUUAAGGCUUUGAUUCAGCAGCUGGAUGCAACCGAAAUUAAAGAUGAUAAAAAUCAGGUGGAAUCUUUACCAGAAACCGAAAAGGAAGAAGUGGAAUCUAAACCGGAACCAGACAAGAUCAUUAAAUCUGCCUUUUUGAAUGCCAUUAAAUUACACGGAAAGAAAAUCACGCUGCCAAUACUGACGAGCACAUUUUAUCCUCAGUACGUGCAGCCAGAGUUGCCCGAGGGAAUCGAAAUGAAGCAUAGCACGUACAAGAAGGUAGGAAACUUCCUGAAAAAAAUGUCCGAAGAUGGUAUCAUUCAGAUCAAGGAAGAAAAAAAGGGCAUCGAAAAAAUAGUUUCUAUCGCGAUCGACCAUCCGGAUGUGAUAACGUUCUACCCAUACAAAGUUAAAAAGAAUGAUAAUGAAGACGGUCCGGACGAGGGAACAUCAUCUACUCCGCUUUUGUUGACUAAAAUGGUCGAAAUGUAUGCCGUUAAUGACGUGACCGAGAAACUUUUCGGUAGUAUGGGUAUACCGAAUGGCCGUGCUAUGGACGGGUCCCAAGUGCGCAAUAGUUUGAAAGAUUAUGUCGGUAGAAACAAAUUGAUUGACCCGAGUACGAAGAUGGUCAAACUGGAUGAAACUCUGAUGAAAAUUUGUGGUUCAGAACCACAAGAGAUACCGUUACCAGAUCUAAUGGAUCGAAUUCAGCACUGCAUGACGAACACCUUUGAAAUGCGUAGCCAAAAAGGACCGGUUAAUAAGCAAGGCAAACGAGCUAUCAUCCACUUAACGACGGCAACUAGAACCGGUAAUAAGAAAGUGACAUUAAUCAGCAAUCUCGAGGAUUACGGAGUAAAUGUUACUGAGUUCGCUAAAGAGGUCAAGCUGGGAGCAGCUGCCAGUACAACUAUGACCGAGGUUCCUGGAACCAAAGGAGAACAAUUACAGGUACAGGGGAACCAUAUAAAGCUCGUGUACGAACUGCUGAUUGGAAAGUAUCAAAUUCCAAAAGCCUGCAUAACAGGAUUGGAGUUCGCCAAACAGCAAAAGAAAAAGAAGAAAACUUAAAUUUAAGGUAGGUGCUUAUGUUCAAAAUAUACCUAUGCGAUUACCAGCUGGCCUAUCUUCUCCCGAAAGAACGUGCCAUAAUCUUUACCUAUUAAGAUUUGGGAAAGUUAUUUUGAAAAUAAUAUAUCCAAUAAGAUUUGUCAUCGAUAAGUCUGAAAAACUAUACUGAGCGUAAAUCCACGCAGUUGGAUUUUUUUAGCAAGUUUGUGUUAUAUACAUGUUUACACAAUAACAAAUUUCCAAAUACGAAAUAAGUAACGAUGGUGAUUGACUAUCAUCAACAGAUUUU